AAGAAACUGGAGAAAAAAGGCAAUGUGAAUAUUGCAACAAACAAGUUAUCGCAAUUACUUAUUGCGAAAGUUGUAUUCGCAAUUAUUUGGAAAAGCAAGAUGGUAUUUUUUCUUCAGUAUAUAUUGCAACGUGGAAAAAUGGACCAUUUAAAGAAUGGGAUGCCGAAAAACAUGAACUAAGAAGGGGUGACGAUGAUACUUAUAUUCUCAAAAACAAUGAACUUGCUCUUGAUAUAAUUAAUGGAGUGAGACCUAAAGUUAUUGAUGGAACACCACCUGAUUACGCAAAUUUAAUGGUUAAAUGCUGGGAUGCACAUCCAAAAAACAGGCCUGAUGCUAAAACGAUUAUGAAAAAAAUGGAGAGCUUACUCAAAGAAAUUUAUGAAAAUGAUGGUGUUUAUGAAGAACUAAAACUUAUCCCAAUUAAAAUAUCUAAAAAGAAGACGCUAAUAAAUCUGAUUAAAUCAAAACUUAAAUGUAAAAAGAACAAAAGGUUGUCUUCAGAGAUUAAGAACACGUUUUUAACAACUGAAAAGAAUAAAAGCACAUCUUUUGUAAUGGUUGAAAAAGAUAAAAGUCAAUUUUCAACUACUGAACAGGAUGAAAGUCUACUUUUGGUUACUGUACAAUAUAAAAGCCGUAUUUAUGAAUUUCAGCAUUCACAAGAGCCAAAAAAUGCAUCUUAA